CGGUCUGAGAACUAUUAAGUCUUGGUCUUUCCCAAGGGUGGUUGGGGGGUGUGCAAGCGUUACCUAUUUUGCUACCGGCGCGCCUUGCCCUCCACUCACUGGGGUUUGGCGGCUGAGACACGGUGGACGACGUUCGGGCAGGGCCCUAGGCCCCUUCCAUGGAUGAAUGUGGUUCGCGCAUCCGCCGGCGUGUGUCUGUCCGCAAAAGGAACCGUCCUAGCCUAGGGACCAUUUUUGCCACCCCCACCGCGGCCGAGCUCAAGCCCAGCAAUGAGGAGGAGACGGAGGAGGAGAAGGCUGGGAGUCGGCGGCGGAAAACUGUGGGCGUGCAACCGCUCGAGAAUAAUGAUAGUGAAGAGGACAUGUUUGGUGACUAUGAUAGCUUUUCUGAAAACUCUUUCUUAGCCCAAGUUGUUGACCUGGAACAAAAAUACAUGCAACUUCCUGAAAAUAGGAAACAUGAUACAGACUUUGCCACUGAAGAUCUUUGUUCAGAAAGCAUCAAACAUAACAGAGUUAGCAUUACCACUGUAGGCAGCUUUACUGAAUUAAAAAUGGAGGAGCACACAAAGAACCAGAGUGGUCAUGAAGAUGUCUCUAUUGAACUUGGAGCUGAUCUGUUGUAUGAAUUGCCUUCUUCACAGGUUUUAUACUUUGGAAAUGUGCAGAACUCUUCAAAUGAUUUUGGGGAUCAGUCUACUAAAGAGAGGGAUUGCAGCUCCGCCUCUCUUAAGACUGUGAAUGAAGAAUUGCCCAAUAAUAGUGUAGAACAACCCCAACAAAUCAAUGCCUCUUCUAAUGUCAGAACCAGUUCAGACGUGAAUAGGAGAAAAAGUCUUAAAGAUCAUCUAAAAAGUGCCAUGACUGGAAAUGCCAAGGCCCAAACACCAAUGUUUUCUAGGACUAAACAGCUCAAAGAAACUCUCCUAUCUGAGGAAAUUAAUGUUGCUAAGAAAACAAUUGAGUCAUCAUCAGAUGACCUUGGACCUUUUUAUUCAUUACCCAGUAAAGUGAGAGACCUUUAUGUUCAGUUCAAGGGAAUUGAAAAAUUAUAUGAUGGUGUUUUGAUGAAUGAGAAAGGGAAGCUUCGCAAUCUCCUUGCAGAAUGUAAGAGGAAGGCCUUAAAAUUCACACAGAUCUUUGUACUGUCUUGUAGCUGCUCUGGUGACCCAGAUGAUGCCUCUUGUCCAGCAGGCACUGCCUGCCCUCUUGGGAUCUUAAAUCUAAGUCUGCAACUGGCAAAAUGGCAACAUACUUGCUUAACACUGAAUUCUGUGCAAGAAAGAAAAAAUUUAAUAUAUUCCUUGCCAACAAGUGGUGGAAAGACCCUCGUAGCUGAGAUUUUAAUGCUACAAGAACUGCUUUGCCGGCGCAAAGAUGUUUUAAUGAUCCUACCAUAUGUGGCAAUUGUCCAAGAAAAGAUUUCAGGUUUGUCAAGUUUUGGUAUAGAACUGGGUUUCUUUGUUGAAGAAUAUGCCGGAAGCAAAGGAAAAUUUCCUCCAAUUAAAAGAAGAGAAAAGAAAUCACUAUAUAUUGCCACUAUUGAAAAAGGACAUGGUCUGGUCAACUCCUUGAUUGAAACUGGAAGGAUUAGUAGUCUGGGUCUGGUUGUUGUGGAUGAGUUGCACAUGAUUGGUGAAGGAAGCCGUGGGGCUAUACUAGAAAUGACCCUAGCAAAACUCCUCUACACUAGCAAAACAACUCAAAUUAUUGGUAUGAGUGCAACAUUGAACAAUGUUGAAGACCUACAAGAGUUCCUUCAAGCAGAAUAUUACACCAGUCAAUUCAGACCAGUCGAAUUAAAAGAAUAUCUGAAAAUAAAUGAUUCAAUAUGUGAGGUUGACAGCAAAGCUGAGAAUGGCAUGACUUUUUCACGUCUUCUUAAUUAUAAGUAUUCUGAUACUCUGAAAAAGAUGGAUCCUGAUCACUUGGUAGCAUUGGUGACAGAAGUUAUUCCCAAUUAUUCCUGCUUAGUUUUUUGUCCCACAAAGAAGAACUGUGAAAACGUAGCAGAAAUGAUAUGCACAUUUUUAAGCAAAGAAUAUAUGAAACACAAGGAGAAAGAAAAACAGGAGGUGAUUAAGAACUUGAAGAAUAUCAGCAGUGGCAACCUGUGUCCUGUUUUAAAGCGCACGAUCCCAUUAGGAGUUGCUUAUCACCAUAGUGGUUUAACAAGUGAUGAAAGGAAGCUCUUGGAGGAGGCCUAUUCCACAGGAGUUCUCUGCCUUUUAACCUGCACAUCCACCCUAGCAGCAGGUGUUAACCUACCAGCUCGAAGAGUUAUUUUGAGAGCCCCCUAUGUUGCCAAAGAAUUUUUAAAGAGGAAUCAAUAUAAACAGAUGAUUGGCAGAGCUGGCCGUGCUGGAAUAGAUUCUGUUGGGGAGAGUAUUCUUAUAUUGCAAGAAAAAGACAAGCAACAGGUAUUGGACUUAAUAAGCAGACCAUUGGAAAACUGUUAUAGCCAUCUUGUUCAAGAAUCUACCAAGGGAAUCCAAACUUUGUUUCUCUCUUUGGUUGGUUUGAAGAUCGCAACAAAUCUCCAUGACAUAUAUCACUUUAUGAGUGGUACAUUUUUUGGUGUUCAGCAAAAGAUUUUGUUGAAAGAAAAAAGUCUCUGGGAAAUAACUGUCGAAUCACUUAGAUACCUGAUAGAAAAAGGACUCCUGCAAAAAGACACUAUUUUGACAGAAAAAGGACGUAUGCAAAAGGACGCUCUAUGUGAGUUUAAAGAAGAGUUCCAGUAUAGUUUUCAUAUUACAAGGUUGGGACGAGCUUCUUUUAAGGGAACUAUAGAUUUGGCUUAUUGUGACAUUCUCUACAGAGACUUGAAGAAAGGCCUUGAAGGCCUUGUGCUUGAAAGCCUUCUUCAUCUAAUUUACCUAACCACUCCCUAUGAUAUGGCUUUUCAGCGUGACCCUGAUUGGAUGAUAUACUUCAGACAGUUUAGCCAGCUCAGUCCAGCAGAACAAAAUGCAGCCGCUCUUGUUGGAGUCUCAGAAAACUAUAUUGGGAAGAAAGCAUCAGGUCAGGCUAUCAAGAAGAAAGUGGACAAGAACAUUGUCAACAGACUAUACCUGUCUUUUAUUCUUUAUACCUUGCUCAAAGAGACCAACAUUUGGAAUGUGUCUGAAAAAUUUAAUAUGCCUCGAGGAUAUGUACAAAAUCUUCUCACUGCAGCUGCCACAUUCUCAUCUUGUGUGUUACAUUUCUGUGAGGAACUUGAGGAGUUUUGGGUUUAUAGAGCCCUUUUGGUAGAACUUACCAAGAAGUUGACUUACUGUGUAAAGGCAGAGUUAAUCCCUCUCAUGGAAGUGACUGGAGUUUUAGAGGGUCGAGCAAAACAGUUAUACAAUGGAGGGUAUAAAAGUCUAGCGCACUUAGCUAACGCAGAUCCUGAAGUGCUGAUAAGGACAAUUGAUCAUUUAUCAAGGCGCCAGGCCAAGCAAAUUGUUUCCUCAGCAAAGGAAAACUCCGGCAAGGGUACUGAUGGUUGCACCAGCUCAUGGUCGCUGAAGCCUGGUUCCAUGACCAUAUUUGUCUGAAAAAGCCAAAGGCAUAUAGUUUCUGCACCGUGCCAGUUUCUUGUGAUCUCGCUCAACCUUCUCUUUCUAAGCAAGCUGCUGGUAAUAUUCAAUCAGUUUGUUCAUCCGCUGUGCGUGAGGAUUUUCAGGUUCCUGCCAACCACCACUGGCCACAGAUUUGUCUGCCAUGCCCACAUCUCUAGAUGUCCAGCAACAAAAUCCACAAGCCAGGUAAUAGACCUUCUUCAUGGUGGACUUGGCUGGGUCAUCUGGAAGCUGCAUGGAGAUGCUUGUUGCCCGAGUGGAGAGGGUGUGGUGUGCAUGCAGCCAGAACAGUCGAACAGUUGGCACAUCUGUUCUUUUUUAGUUUGGCUUCAGCUGAUGGCAUAUUUUCUAAGCAAUGGGGACAAUAAUGGGAGUCCACCUCAUGAGACACAUUCCAGCGACCGCAACUCACUACAAUAGCGGCAGAAGUAAAGCUGCGAGAGCGGGGCCCGAACCUUCUUUUCUCCCAGAACUAGGUAGAGAACCCGCUCGGAUUGCAGCAGAAACGCCAUUCUGUGAAGGGAAGAGUCCUAGUUUGGGUUUCUUGCAGCAUGGUUGCUGAGAUUUGAGAGGGAGCAUUCAAGAGAUCUUAGGGAACCGUCCAUUCCAAGAAACCAAGGCAGAAAUUUGCAAGGCUUCUCUUCACUGAGCCCUGGAAAUCAUGCGGUAUUAUUUCCAUUGCAUUUUAUUAGUUACAAGGAAAUCACCAAGGCCAGCACAGGUUCAAGAGAAUUAGAUUUGUCAAUGGAGGCGUCAAAGGAUUUCCAGUUAUCUUUCAUCCUCCACACUAGUACCACACUAGUCUCACGCUAGAGGAUUCAUUCAGUAGUAACUAGGGAGAAAGAAAACUUACUAACUAGAAUUCAGUAUUUAUUUACAGGUCUUUUUGUUUUUAAUCUGAGGAUAUAUAAUCAAAAUUAUAUGUUCAAGUGUUACUCUUUUUUUUUUUAACCUGCUUCAGUGUGGUUAUGAAAUGCAAAUUCUGUCUGUAUUCAAUUUUAGUUCCCCACCUCAGUCCUUACAGAUGGGGUUUUUUUGUUGUUGUUUUUUGUUCUAUUUUUUUGAAAAUGUAAGACCCGAACCUAUUUUGUUUAGCUUUAAAUUCAAAUAGUUUUACUAGAGUAUAUCUUCAUUUUCUUUUAUUUCUGGAAGGUUCCUUAGAUUGUAGUUUUAAAUAUUAACUCUGAUCUAUUGCUUGAUUUUUUCUUUUUUAGCAACUUCGAUUAUGUGUACAUUGGGUCUUCUUUGCCUACCUUCCAUUUCAGUAUCUCUGAUUCUUUUUACUUCUUUCUUUAUCUCAUUUUCAUUAACUUGAUUGUUUUCCUGCUUCCCCUAUCCCCAUGACCCUAAUGAAGUUUUUAUUUAAAUCUGUGCUUCUUUGGACACCUCAUAUUUUGUUUUUAUUUUUGAUAUAAUUCUGCCUUUUUCUUCGGUUUCUUUCCAGAGCUUACUCAACUUUAUUCAAAUUUUGUUUCAUUUUUUUCUUGUUUUGGGUCCAUUUCUGUUCUUAAUUUUUGAACUUUUUAUUCAGGAUGUGUUUUUCCCCCAUGUCUCCAAAUGUUUAUUUGAGACUAAUUUCGUUUGGAGCAUCAUGUUACAUACACUUUUUCUGCUUCAUGGUUUGCUUUCAGGGAAGGAAAUUUUUAUGGGCUGAAGUGCUUCGAUUGUCAUUUUCUAUUUUUUUUUAUAGAAUAGUCUUAUAUAAUGAGAACUGCUUACACUGCUGUAUCUUAGGCAGGGUUGGCCAUCUGGAGUGGUUUAUGAGAAUCUUAAUUCAAGAGUCUCUCUUUCCUGUCAGUGUAGCAAAGUGUACUUUCUUUAACGGCUUGAGGUGGGAGAGGACUACAGGGAAGAGUUGUGUUCUUUGAUUUUUAAAAUUUCCUUAAUUUUCCUACAGGCUCCUAAAUUUUGC